CAGCCACGGCCUUGCGUAGUGUUCCAGCCACGGCCUUGUGUAGUGUUCCAGACACGGCCUUGUGUAGUGUUCCAGCCACGGCCUUGUGUAUUGUUCCAGCCAUGGCAUUGUGAGUUGUUCCAGCCACUGCACUGUGAAUUGUAGCACCAACUGAAUUGCUGACACUUUCAACUACGUUAUUGUGCCUCGUUUCAUUUAGAGUCUACAAAUCUGUCUCCAAGUGUUGUGAGUUUCAACUGGGCCGAUUCUUGACAACAUGGCGGAGGACCGGCCAAUAAAGUUCCAGAACGAGAAGCCUCGUAACGAAGGCUUCACCGACAGUGUGUCCUCACCGCUGGCACUUCCAGAAGGAAGACAGCAAGGGCAGCAGGAAUGCUCCAGUAGGGUGCCCAAGUGCGCCCGCUGUCGCAACCACCAUAUACACACGCCCCUCAGAGGGCACAAGAGGUACUGCCCCUUCAGGUUGUGCCAGUGUGAGAGGUGCCAACUGACGGUGCAGCGGCAGAAGAUCAUGGCACAGCAGGUGGCACUGCGCAGAGCCCAGGAGCAGGACGAGGCACGGGCAGUGAUGGGGGUGGCACUGAGCAGAGGGCAGGCACCUGCUUCACCCCCCACCUGGGCAGCAGAGCAGGAGGGCAGCAACAGCAGAGAAGACUCACCCUCCACUCCUGCUUCUGCCUCUGCUGACACGUCUGCUGCCUUUACUCCAGCCACUGCUGUAAGCAAACCCUCCACUUCCACCUCCAGCCUCUCGCUUGGGCACCACCUACAAUGGGACCCAACGACCUUCCGCCACCUACACGGUGACGUCAUGGAAUGGUCCCUACAGCAGCGACAGCGACAGCAACAGCAGCAGCCUCUGUCUGCCUCCCCACACUUGCUCCCCAACCUACACCCCUCUCCCCUACCCUCCUUAUCCCUCUACACCCCUCGCCACCUCCCUUAUUUAUUCUCCCCUCUCAUGCACCCCUACCCAUCUAGCCAGAGCCUCCCCAACUCCCCCCACAAGCUCUCUCAUGACUUCCUCCCUCACGCCCUCACUCACGACCCCCACCCUCACGACCCACCUCACGACCCCCACCUCGCGACCCCCACCCGUCCGUCAUCGUGUGUCCACUUGCUUCAACAUGACUUUCCUCCACCCGUGUCAUCCCAACUGAAUGCUCCACCACAUGGCUCUCCAACAACGACUCUCUCCAAAGAAAGGUCACCUCCAACAAGUGUUUAA